GAGCGGCUGCGGGUUCUCCUCCCUGCUGUCACAGCGCUAGCGGCCACUGCUGUCAUUCACUCUCCAACCAUUCUGCGGUCUUUUCACCGUCCCUUAACAAUGUACCGAUACCUGGGGGAGUUGGUAUCCCGCGGAGGGGGUGCCCUGGCUUCAUGCACUGCUGAUAGUGUUUUGCCGCUUUCAGCCGCACCCAUUCUGCGUCGCUACAGCCAUGCAGUGAACGGAGACGAUGACCCCAACUUCUUCAAGAUGGUGGAGGGAUUCUUCGACAGGGGCGCCGGCAUUGUGGAGGACAAGUUGGUGGAGGACUUACGGACACGCGAGACGGAGGAGCAAAAGAGGCUGCGGGUGAGGGGGAUCCUACGCAUCAUAAAACCCUGCAACCACGUCUUGAGUGUCAGCUUCCCUAUCAAACGGGACAAUGGCGAGUGGGAGGUGAUCGAGGGCUACCGGGCACAGCACAGCCAGCACCGGACUCCGUGCAAGGGAGGUAUUCGCUACAGCACAGAAGUCAGUGUUGAUGAAGUAAAAGCCUUGGCAUCAUUAAUGACCUACAAAUGUGCAGUAGUUGAUGUGCCUUUUGGAGGAGCCAAAGCUGGUGUAAAAAUUAACACAAGAAACUACUCUGAUGCAGAACUGGAAAAGAUAACUAGAAGGUUUACAAUAGAACUCGCAAAGAAGGGCUUUAUUGGACCGGGCAUAGAUGUUCCAGCUCCAGAUAUGAGUACAGGUGAAAGAGAAAUGUCAUGGAUUGCAGAUACUUAUGCUAAUACAAUUGGCUACACGGAUAUCAAUGCUCAUGCUUGUGUAACUGGAAAACCUAUCAGCCAAGGCGGUAUUCAUGGUCGCAUAUCUGCAACUGGUCGAGGUGUCUUCCAUGGCAUUGAAAACUUUAUCAAUGAGGCUUCCUAUAUGAGCCAACUGGGAAUGACUCCUGGGUUUGGUGACAAGACUUUUGCCAUUCAGGGAUUUGGUAAUGUGGGUCUUCACUCCAUGAGAUAUCUUCACCGAUUUGGUGCCAAAUGUGUUGGAAUUGGUGAAAUUGAUGGGACCAUCUGGAACCCAAAUGGCAUUGACCCUAAAGAGCUUGAGGACUACAAACUCCAAUACGGGACAAUUGUUGGGUUUCCAAAGGCCCAGCCAUAUGAUGGAAACAUCUUAGAGGCAGAUUGUGACAUUCUUAUUCCAGCUGCUAGUGAGAAGCAACUGACAAAGUCUAAUGCACAUAAAAUAAAGGCUAAGAUUAUAGCAGAAGGGGCCAAUGGUCCUACAACCCCAGAAGCUGACAAAAUCUUCCUUGAAAGAAACAUCAUGGUCAUUCCAGAUCUGUAUUUGAAUGCUGGUGGUGUCACAGUUUCUUAUUUUGAGUGGCUUAAAAAUCUUAAUCAUGUUAGCUAUGGACGUUUGGCCUUCAAAUAUGAACGGGACUCAAACUACCAUUUGCUCAUGUCUGUCCAAGAGAGCUUAGAAAGAAAGUUUGGGAAGCAUGGUGGAGCCAUCCCAGUUGUGCCAACAGCAGAAUUCCAGGCUAGAAUAUCUGGCGCAUCUGAGAAAGAUAUUGUCCAUUCUGGCUUGGCAUAUACAAUGGAACGAUCUGCAAGGCAAAUCAUGCGCACUGCUAUGAAGUACAACCUCGGUUUGGACCUAAGAACCGCUGCCUACGUAAACGCUAUAGAAAAAGUAUUCAAGGUGUACAAUGAGGCUGGCCUGACUUUCACAUAAGAAGGAAACCUGUUGGAGCAUUAUUAUUUGCCAUGAUUUUCAUAAAAAAAAAAAAAAAACUUUCAUAUAUGUUUACAUGUAACAGAGGCUUAUUUUUAAUCUCCCCCUUAACAUAUCGCAUUUAAGGUUUUUUUUUGUGCCGUGUCAUAGAGGACUCUAGUUCCAAAUGCUUCCGUCCUUUUUUUUUUUUGGGGAUUUUUUUUGUAAACUUACACUACUAGUGUAUGUCAAAUUGCCACAUGCAUAGGAAUUAACUCAAUUCUUUAUCAUUUACCUCUUGGCACCUACUUGGUUAUCUGUUCAUCGAAUUUUUUUUUUUAUGGGGCACAAUCUCAAAUUCCUGUGAGAUUUUGUCAUCUCCAAAAAAUGAGUGCAGGUUAACCAGUGAUUUAUUGUGACUGAUCAGGUGAUGAACUGAAGUUCAAGUUAACCACUUAUUGCCUUAGAAACCAGGUGUUUUGUGUUGGCUUCUAUUUUUUGUGUUUUUUUAUGGUACCCACAAGCUUAAAUCAUGAGCCAUUUCUGGGUUUUUAGAAAUGUAAUUUCUUUACCAUGUCUAAGAGAUACAACCUGACGGGUAUCUUUUAAUUUUAGUACAGAAACUAUAAAAGGGAGGGACUCUUCAAGUUUAGAUCUGAAAUACUAUAACAAUAAAAGCUAAAAUCUCUUCUGAUAACUGUAUAUUGAGUCGCUUUGAAAAUACUUCUAGAUUAAGCCUAUCGCAACAAUGCAUUUUUAUUGAACAGUAUGAGAUGUCUUUUUGGAAUUGAAACAUCUUUUUAUUGUUGCAGAUAAACUUCUGCAGGGCAUUUUUGAGCUUUGCUGCUGGAACAUAAUACCCUUAAAGUUAUGUUGGGUUUCAUCCCACUCAUUAAAAAAACCUUAGACCUGGGGAGGGGAGGGAAUCACAAAAAGUAGAAUUAAGAUAAAUUUGGAGUUAAGUUGGAAGUUUAAUGUGCGAUUAAACCAGAACAUCAUCUCUUUUUUUUAAAUAAAAUAGUUAAAGUAAAGCAAUUUCGCUAAUUUAACAGUUUAACCAACACCACAAGUGAUAUUCUAUUACCAGAUUUACAAUUUUUGUAAAGAGUACAAAACUACUAUACUGAUUAAGGCUUUUGUCAAUUUCACAUUAUUUUAACUUCAAAGAUAUUUUUUACUUCAUUUCAGUUUCGUCUACUUUUAAUUCCUACCCCAUUCUGUAUAUGCAAAGUAACUGCUGGAGUAAGAGGUUAUUGUAGCCAUGUUAAUGGGACUGCAACUCAAUCUAUAUGCAAUUUGACAUGAGAUGCAUUGCAUGAUUUAGGGCUGGAUAUUAACUUGACCCAGGGAUCUACAUGUUGCAGAAAUCAAUGACCAAGCAAUGUUAUCUGUGAAUUGUGAAACUGUUCUGUAACAAUUUUGUUCUUACCCCGGCUAUUCAGGUGCUCAGUGUUGCAUCAAUAAUUGACAUGACAUGGAAAGCUUUGACUCGCGUUGCUAUUUAGUGGAUAUAUUCAAAAUAUGUUUUUUAAUAUAAGGCUAGCCUUGCAUAGUUCCAAGGGCUUAUCAGAAGCCUUGGCACAUGUAUGAUCUGCACAUUGGCUUUUUUUUAUAACUGCAUGACUUAAAGUGAUCAAACACAUUAAAAUCCUUAUUUCAAAUA